AUGAGAUUAAUCCUGUUUUUUGGUGCCCUUUUGGGGCACAUCUACUGUUGAGAACCAUUUGUGGGAGACCAAGUUCUUGAGAUUAUACUAGGGAAUGAAGAACAAAUAAAAAGUCUGGUGGAACUGGAGGCUGAAGAACAUCUUCAGCUUGAUUUCUGGAAAUCACCCAUCCCAGGAGAGACAGCCCAUGUCCAAGUUCCGUUUGUCAGCGUCCAAGCAGUCAAAGGUUUCUUAGAGUCCCAGGGAAUUGUUUAUUCCAUCAUGAUUGAAGAUGUUCAGGUUCUGCUGGACAAGGAGUAUGAAGAAAUGUUAAUCAGAGAAUGGAAUGGUAACUUCAACUUUGAGGCUUAUCAUAUCUUGGAAGAGAUUUUCCAAGAAAUGAAUACCCUAAUUGCGGAGCACCCUGGUCUAGUGAGCAUGAACAUUGGCUAUGCUUUUGAAAACUGGUCCAUAAAUGUGUUCAAGUUCAGCACCGGAGGAGACAAGUCGGCCAUCUGGCUAGAUGCUGCCAUCCAUGCCCGUCAGUGGGUUACACAAGCUACUGCGCUGUGGAUCUCAAAUAAGAUUGCCUCUGAUUAUGGAAAUGAUCCGUCCAUAGCUUUGAUUUUGGAUGUGAUGGAUAUCUUCCUGCUGCCAGUCACCAACCCUGAUGGCUCUGUGUUCCCUCAUACCCAAGUAAAAUUGUAUUGGCAGAAGACCCAGUCCAAGGUACCUGGCAGCCUCUGUAUUGUGGUGGAUCCUAGCCGGAACUGGGAUGCAGGUUUGGAGGGACCUGGAGCCAGCAACAACCUUUGUUCCUAUUCAUAUCAUGGACCCGGUGCCAACUCUGAAGUUGAAGUGAAAUCCGUAGUGGACUUUAUCAAGAGUCAUGGAAACUUUAAGGCCUUCAUAUCCUUCCACAGCUAUUCCCAGCUACUGUUGUUCCCCUAUGGGUAUACAUGUGAUAGGGCGAAUAAAGUGGCCCAGAAGGCUGCCCAAUCUCUGACAAGCCUGCACGGCACCAAGUACGAAGUGGGACCUAUCUGCUCAGUCAUCUCUAAGUAUCUAAUAUACCAAGCUAGUGGAGGAAGCAUUGACUGGUCCUAUGACUCUGGCAUCAAAUACUCAUUUGCCUUUGAGCUGAGAGAAGCAGCCAAUCAGAUCUUACCCAUAGCGGAAGAGACCUGGCUUGGCUUGAAGGCAAUCCUAGGGCAUGUGUGAGACCACCCCUAUUAG